CGCAUGCGCACCAAUAUAUCCGGUGAUUCACCGGUUACAAGGUUAACGCUUACUCGUUUAAAAGAUCCUUUGACGAAAGUGCAAUUUUUCAUAACUUAAACAGGAUACAUGAUGGGGGAUGAGAUUCAAGAUUUCUUCAAAACAGGUCUCGAAGUAGCUAAAGAAGCAGGGGAGAGAGUAAAGACUGAUUUCUAUAGGAAUAAGAAGAUAGAAGUGAAGGAGAACUUUGCUGACCUUGUUACAGAGACAGAUAAAGCUGUAGAAGAUUUGAUCAUGUCAAAAUUAGGACAAAAAUUUCCUAGCCAUAAAUUUAUAGGAGAGGAAACAGUAUCUGCAGGUGGACAUUGUGAACUUACAGAUGAUCCCACCUGGAUUAUAGAUCCUAUAGAUGGAACUACUAAUUUCGUACAUGGAAUUCCACAUACAUGUAUAUCAAUAGGUCUAGCUGUAAAUAAACAGAUAGUAGCAGGAAUUGUACAUUGUCCAAUACUUGAGGAGACAUACACUGCUAUCAAAGGUCAUGGUGCAUUUUGUAACAGUGAUAAAUUAUCUGUGUCUCACAAUCAAGAAUUAAAAGGUGGUGUGGUUAUCAUAGAAGGUGGAACAUCAAGAGUGAAGGAAAUACUUGAUGCUAAAAUUAACAAUACCAAAGCUCUCAUUGAAAACUGUCAUGGAAUACGAGCAUAUGGUUCAGCAGCUAUCAAUAUGUGUUGUGUAGCACGUGGAUCACAUGCUGCCUACCUUGAACAUGGUAUACAUGUAUGGGAUAUUGCAGCAGGGAAACUAAUUGUAGAAGAAGCUGGCGGUGUUGUCUUUGAUCCAUCAGGAGACUCCCUAGAUAUCAUGAACAGAAGGGUUCUGGCAGCAUGCAAUAAGGAAGUUGCUGGUCAAAUUUCUAAAAUCAUCACAAAUAUUUCAUUAGAGAGGGACUAGUCAUUUUAAUGCUAUUAUGUUUGUGUCAUAAAUGAAUUUUGUUUCUUAAUUUAUUUUACUGAUUUUUAUCAAUUUCCAAUAUUAGAUGACAAUAUAUAAUAGUUUGAUAGUAAUGCACAUUAAUUAUGGGAAUUUAUUACUUAGAUUAUAUUUAAAGGUAUGAUUGUUAGAGGUUUUAUGGUAAUUGUCCCCCGCCUUUUCAAAAAAAGGGGGAUAUAGAAAUAGGCUCUGUCCGUCUUUCCGUCCGUCCGCACUCACAGGAGAGUAAUUAUGUGGCUAGAGGGACAAUAGGUUCUCUUUGAUGUCAUUCAUUCCGUAAUGCUUUUAUGUGGCUAUUUUUCUUUUGCGUGGCUAAAAGAACAAUAGAGAGAACAAUAGAGUAGCCACAUAAUUACUGUCCUGUGAGAACGUCCAUCCGUCCGUCUGUCCGUCCGUCACACUUUCGUGUCCGGUCCAAAACUUUGUCAUUUAUUGAAGGAAUCUGAAAUAACUUUGCACAAAUGUUUGUUAUAAUAAGAUGAUGUGUCAUGCGCAGCAACCAGACCCCUACCUCCAGGGUCAAGGUCGCACUUGCUCAUUCAAGUUCAACAUUGUCUAUUUGAGGGUAUAGGUCGUGUUCAUCUUUGAAGGGAUUUUGUAAAUACUUGCCACAAUUGUUUACAAUAAUGAGAUGAUGUGUCAUGCGCAAACCAGUCACCUACGUCCAAGGUCAAGGUCACACUUGAAGGUCAAAGAUUAACAUAGUCUGUUACAGGGUAUAUUUCGUGUCCGGUCCAUAACUUUGUCAUUUAUCAAAGGAAUUUGAAAUAACUUGGCAGAAAUGUUUGUUAUAAUAAGACAAUGUGUCAUGCGCAAAAACAUGACCUCCAGGGUCAAGGUCGCACUUUCUCAUUUAAGGUCAACAUUGUCUAUUUCAGGGUAUAUCUCGUGUCCAGUCUAUUACUUUCUUAUUUUUAAAGGGAUUUUGUAAAUACUUGCCACAAUUGUUCACAACAAUGAGAUGAUGUGUCAUGCGCAACAAUCGGUCACAAACCUCCAAGAUCAAGGUCACACUUGGAGGUCAAAGAUUAACAUAGUCUGUUAUAGGGUAUAUUUUGUGUCCGGUCCAUAACUUUUUCAUAUAUCAAAGGAUUUUGAAAAUACUUGGCACAAAUAGUCACUAUAAUAAGAUGUGUCAUGCGCAACACCUGCAUCCCUACCUAUAAGGUCAAGGUCACAUUUCGAGGUCAAAAAUUAACAUAGUCUUUUAAAGGGUAUAUAUUGUGUCCAAUGUAGAACUUCUUCAUAGUUCAAGGGAUUUUGAAAUAACUUGGCACAAAUAGUCACAGUUAUAAGACGAUAUGUCAAGUACAACACCUGCACCCCUACUUCCAAGGUCAAGGUCACACUAAGAGGUCAAAAGUUAACAGAAUCUGUUAUAUGGUAUAUUUUGUGUUCCGUCCAUAACUUCUUCAUAGAUCAAGGGAUUUUUAAAAUACUUGGCACAAAUAGUCACAAUGAUAAGAUGAUAUGUCAUGCGUAACACCAUUGUCCCUACCUCCAAGGUCAAGGUCACAUGUAGAGGUCAAAGAUCUACAUAGUCUGUUAUAGGGUAUAUUGUGUGUCCAGUCCAUAACUUUUUCAUAGAUCAAGGGAUUUUAAAAAUACUUUGCACAAAUAAUCACAAUAAUAAGACGAUCUGUCAGGUGCAAAACAUGGGUUCCUACCUCCAAGGUCACACUAAGAGGUCAAAGAUUAACAUAGUCUGUUAGAGGGUAUAUUUUGUGUCCCAUCUAUAACUUCUUCAUAGUUCAAGGGAUUUUGAAAAUACUUGGUACAAAUAGUUACAAUAAUAAGACGAUAUGUCAUGCACAACACCUGCACCCCUAUCUCCAAGGUCAAGGUCACACUUAGAGGUCAAAGCUUAACAUGAUAGAUUUUUUAAAUUCAGUGUUUCAUUUUAUUUCUUUAAUUUUAUUGUUGCAUUUGCAGAUCUAGCAUUGAUCAUAAUUUUUGACUGAAAGUCCUGAGAUCCAUACCUCAAUCUUUUGAAAUAGCACAAUUUUAUGCUUCAUAUAAAACUUCUCUGAGGCGGGGGACAUUGGUAACUCUGUUACAAAUUCUUGUUUACUGGGUAACGAUUUAAUUUAGAUUUGAUACUGUGUAGUAAUAUUUUCACGACAGUGAAAUUGAUUUGGUAUGAAGGAAUAUGAAAUAAAACACAAAUAUUUCACAAGGUUAUUUGACAGUUUUCUAUACAUAACUAAAAUAUAUGUUGACAGGUUUUGGGUGGAAAAACAUAUUAGAAGAGCUAUUUUAUUCUAGCUAUUUUUCAACUGUCCAUAUAUAUGCUCAUAUUGAACAGGUCAUUGUUAAAUAACCUUUUUAUUUUAUACCCCAUUUUUUUAUACUUUCAAGCAAGGUAGUUUCUUUAAUCCUACUACUUGUUUAUCUAUUUGCAAUUGUUAAUAAGGACAUAGUAUAUAACCAGUUUGUAUAGGGUGUCUUAUUAAAUCAGAUUAACUUAAUCAUCCAGAAUGUGUUCAUGCAUGUAUAAAUUUUAUUGUUGAAGUUUACAUAGGACUGGUAAAUCAUUCAAUUUGGAGAAUAUAAGACAUACAUGUAUAUGCAGACAUACAUGCAUUCACACUUUUAAAAGGAAUCAGGCGAUUGGUUAUGUUAAAUAAGUGAAGAAUAAAUAUUCUAAACUUUGAUUGUGUACAUGGUGUAUACAUUUAUGUUUUAAACGUUUACUUUGACAGGGUGAAAUUUUAUAUUUUUAUAGUAUCUUAUUAUGAACUCUUUGAGUUGCCAGUAGGGGUAAUUACAUAAUUAAAUAGGGACCAUAUCUGUUCUUAUUUGAAGUUGAAUCAUUGUACAAAUUUAACUAGUGCUGCAACAUUUCACAGGUAUACUAUUGUACUGGUAGACUAAUGUAACAUUAAUUUAGUUGAUACCUUUUGUUGUAACAGGUUGAGUGUAUCACAAUAUAUGGCACACAAGUUAAAACCUUAACCUGUAUUGUUGACUCCUAAUUUUAGCAUAAAUUCAUGUGCUAGUCAGUUUAAAUAUGUUGUAAUGUUUUUUAGUAUCUUGUAACUUAGGGUUAUAUAUCUGCUUUGCAAGACUUCAAGUAUAAUAUUGGAAGACUAUGAAUGAAACUAUCAAAUACUUACAUUGCACUAUUUCUUUAGUCUUGGUAGCAAUGCAGUAUAAAUUACUUAUCUUUGGUACCCACAGUACACAUUCUGUAUAUACUACAUUUAUUUACUGAUAAUGGUUAAAUAGCCUGGGUUACCGAAGACGAAAUUACUUUGUUUAGUUUACAUAACAGGGUUGGCACACAACAUUUCAAGUGUCCAAUUUUCAACAUAUCAAGUAACAAGUCCUUGUAUUACUUAGCAUAUACAAACUAGUAAACACAUUCAGCUACAGUCCCUUUUUAAACUCAUAAAGGUAUCUCCAAAACUAUUUUAAUAGAUGUACUAGUUACAUAUUAUUAUAUACAGUUGUUAUUAUUUGAUUAUAUUUUUAUUCAUGUUGUACUAUCUUAUUAAGGAAUAAAAAAUAUA